AUUGGGGCAUGUGGGCAUUUUCGAUGGACCAAAAACCUCUCUGCUAGGCUACUGUCAGUUCAGCUUGCACCCCUCAGUCAUUAGCUCUCGAGCAGAUUACACGGAGGGGGACUGAACUGCGCGCGCUCUUCUGUCCAGUGACGUUUGAAUCGUGGGCGCGCGGCACUUUAACAUCCUUCAGAAGUGUGGCAACUGGUUUAUAAAGCCAAUUUAUUCUUGCUUCUGUUGUGCUUAUGCGGGAAAACCGGAGAUUAAUAUAAGACUAUACAGGACAACGAGUUAGAAUAAUUUGCUAAACAGAAGAACUGUUCACUGUGGCGCUUUGCUCUUACAGAUUUACCGGAAUAUAGCUAUGAAGACUUCGACGCUGGACCGAAUAGCUGUGCUAAGCCGCAGGUCUGUGUGUGUGCUCGCUCUCGCCACAGCCUCUUGUUGUUUUGUCUCCGCUCCGAGGGCGAUGCUGAGCGCCGAGUCGCUGGUUGGAGUCGGGAGCGCGCCUCCGGGCGGCCUGGCCGAGAUCAACACCGAGUGCUGGGACGCGGCGUCGCUCGCGCUAAUUGAGGCGAAGAAGAUGCGCGCGGACGACGGCGUGGCCGCGCUCUGGGACCUAAUGACGCGCCUGAGCGCGUCCCCGCAGCCGCGGCACCAGGAGCUGUUCAUGAAGCUCGCGCAGGCCUUCUGGGAGCGCUACGUGGACUGUGUGAUGUCGCGCGCGCAUGGCCUGGGCAGGAGAAGGUCAGGGGUUUCAGCAGCAGACCGUCAACUUUCAUUCUGAUGUCCCAUGUCUGUGUUUUAUGUAACUAAAACUGGUUUAUUGAUUGAUUGA